AUGACAUUACCGACAUCCCUUUCAAUCAAUGAUGAGGCAAGAAUUCCACUCUCAACUCAAGGGGACCACGAUACUGAAGGUCUCAUUGCUCCGACGUCCACGCAAACACAGGAGUCACAGGCACCUGAAAUCACUUACUAUGAGGCAUCUCAGGACCAGGCCUCGGAUUCAGUCCCACAGACACCACAGGAAGCAGUCACUUUUGAACAGGAAACAGUUGCUUAUGGGCAGACACCACAAGAACCAGUAUUUGAAGAAGGACUACAAGAAAACCAGGAACCAGUCACUCUUGGAGAAGGGUCAGUUACUUUCGAACAGACUCCACACGAACCUGUCACUUUUGAACAAAGACCACAAGAUGUCACUUUCGAACAAGUACCGCAGGAGCUAGCGACUUUUGACGAGGUUACUUCUGAACAAUUACCACAGAGACCAGUAACUUUUGAACAUGAGUCACAAAACACAGUCACUUAUGACCAGGUACCACAGGAGCCAGUCACUUUUGACCAAGUACCACAAGAACCAGUCACUUAUGACAAGGAACCACAAGAACCAGUCAUUCUUGACCAAGUACCACAGGAACCAGUCACUUUUGACCAAGUACCACAAGAACCAGUCAUUCUUGACCAAGUACCACAGGAACCAGUCACCUUUGACCAAGUACCACAAGAACCAGUCAUUCUUGACCAAGUACCACAGGAACCAGUUAUUUAUAACCAAGUACCACAAGAACCAGUCACUUUAGAUCAAGUACCACAGGAACCAGUCACUUUUGACCAGGAACCACAGGAACCAGUCACUUUAGAUCAAGUACCACAGGAACCAGUCACCUUUGACCAAGUACCACAGGAACCAGUCACUUAUAACCAAGUACCACAGGAACCAGUCAUUCUUGACCAAGUACCACAGGAACCAGUUAUUUAUAACCAAGUACCACAAGAACCAGUCACUUUAGAUCAAGUACCACAGGAACCAGUCACUUUUGACCAAGUACCACAGGAACCAGUCACUUAUAACCAAGUACCACAGGAGCCAGUCACUUUUGACCAAGUACCACAGGAGCCAGUCACUUUUGACCAGGAACCACAGGAACCAGUCACCUUUGACCAAGUACCACAGGAACCAGUCAUUCUUGACCAAGUACCACAGGAACCAGUUAUUUAUAACCAAGUACCACAAGAACCAGUCACUUUAGAUCAAGUACCACAGGAACCAGUCACUUUUGACCAGGAACCACGGGAACCAGUCACCUUUGACCAAGUACCACAGGAACCAAUCACUUUAGAUCAAGUACCACAGGAACCAGUCACCUUUGACCAAGUACCACAGGAACCAAUCACUUUAGAUCAAGUACCACAGGAACCAGUCACCUUUGACCAAGUACCACAGGAACCAGUCACUUAUAACCAAGUACCACAAGAGCCAGUCACUUAUGACCAGGAACCACAGGAACCAGUCACUCUUGACCAAGUACCACAGGAACCAAUCACAUUUGACCAGGGGCCACAGGGAACUGUCAUUUUCGAACAGGGGCCACAAGAACCAGUCACUUUUGAACAAGGACCCCAAGAACCAGUCAUUUUGGAGCAAGGGCCACAGGAAACCAUACCUUUUGAACAGAACCCACUGGCACCAACAUCCUUUGAACAAGGAACCGUCGUUUCAGAACAAGGACCAGCUACUUUUGAACAGGGAACUGUUACAUUUGAACAGAGACCACGGGAACCAGUGACAUUUGAGGAAAGACCCGAGGUGCCAUUCCACUCUCGACCAAACCCACAAAGCCCCUUCUCGCCCGACCAGCCUGCGCAGGAACCCUUCUCCUUCGAGCAGACAUUCCCAGAAUCACACACUUUCCAGCAGACUUCCCAGGACUUCCCCCGCGCCCCCCCUCUCCUCGGCCUGUAA